AUGCCACCGCCGAUGCUCACUACCCCAACCAACUUUUUAAGAAAAUUAAUGGGGGCCAACGAGAAUGCUCAACUUAAUCUGGUGGAACGACGCCGCCUUCAAAAUAGACUGGCACAGCGCAAAUUCCGUGAAAAGAAACGGCUAGCGGAAGGGAGUGUCCAGGUAGAUGCAACUCUGGGUAGAAACGGAUCUUUCCAAUCAUCGCCAAUGGAUUCAGCGGCCGGGAAUGAUGAAGUUGUCGCUGUUUCAGCCGUCAUGCCUCUUUCGGCCGAGCACUUGACCGAUGAGCCGGAACUGGAGAACACACACAUCGAGCUCGACACGAUUGACCAGCUUAUGUACCAAACAAACAACAAUAUCUUUCUUCCAUCACUUAAUCCACCUGCCUUGCAACAACCGUUAGAGCAUUCGACCCCCCAAAAGAUGACUUCGUGGGACUUGAUGUCAUGGAACACACCUCAGAGUAGUACAGCAAAUAAUGAGCCAUUCCAGCUUCAUGACAGUCAGAUCUACGGCACACGACCUCAUCGAAGGGCCUCAGAAUCGGAUAUGCCAUCGUCAAUGCCAGCCCACAGCUUGGCACCGUCUCACAAUAAUGAUUUUUCACGACUAAUCACCACAUCAAAAAAAACAGGCUGGGUUGGCAGCCUCCACAUCGCCGCCCAGAGAGGCCACGAGCAAAUUCUACGAGUGCUUAUACUCCGUAGCGACAUGGAUGUCAAUGAGCAAGAUAGCGAUGGUCGCACCCCACUCAUACACGCAGUGAUCGAAGAUCAUGAAUCGAUAGUACGUCUACUUUUGGAGCAAGGUGCCCGAAUAGGGAUUUUCGAAUGCGACGAUCGUUCAGCAAUACACUGGGCAGUCUUGCGCCGGAAUGUUAGGAUAUUAGUACUGCUGCUGAACCACCGCUUAGAACACGAACCGAGUCUUGUUAUAGACACAUAUGAUAAAACAGGAUGGACUCCACUACACAUGGCCAUUGAGAGAGGUUUUGAGCCAGGCAUGGUACUGCUUCUUCAAAUGGGUGCGGAUAUUAAUGCCAAGGCUCACAAAUGCCCUUACGCUGGCAAUGUGAUAGGACUUUUGGAUCGGAGUAAAAAGCCAUAA